AAGAAAAUCUGAAGUGUGUGUAUUUGACUGUAUUUGUUUUUCUGGCUGUGAAGUGUUCUACUUCAGUGCAAUAAUAUUUUUCGAAGAUAUGAUAAUUGUGGGAACACACAUACUUUAUUGAAAUGACGUGGCAGAUGUUUAUAACUGAUAUUAUUAAAUAAACAGAGAGCUCGAUUUUCAGGGAAAGUAAACAUGACGUACGGCCGCCAACUACGGUCUUCUGCUGUGAAUGUGCAAUAUAAAUCCUCCUUUUACCACACUUCCCGUACUUUGCCUGAUAUUUUAGAGAGGUGACUGCAGUGUUUCCAUAAUACAUAUACCAACAGCCUCUUCAUGAGCGACAAGCAGAAACUUCUAAAUACUGGACGUUUGUUCGAAAACCAAUGGGAAAUUGUUUCUCUUGCUUCAAGGACCCUCCGCCUCCAGUUCCGUCCACAAACGGUCCCCUGGAGAAAGACAAGGAAGAGAUCAAGGAACUGACGGGAGUCCUUAGCUCAGCUGAAGAUAUUAAUUGCUCUCCUUUGGGUACUGUGGAGACACAAAUUAAUGGCAACAGCAAAGGAGCAGGCAUUCCCAGCUUUGUCGUUGGAAGUGAUAAUUAUGGCAGCUUGCACCGUGACAAAACAACUCGGACAUUUUACCCUCGUAUUCCACCUUUGAGUCGCACAUCUGGACUUUCAAGUAGUGAAACAAAAGGAAGGGAACCUUCAGAGUCAAAGCUUAAUGUCCUCUUUGACCAGUAUAGAGACAGCAAUGAGGAUUCUAUUCUAGCUGAUGGAAUUGAGCGACUCUGCAAUGAUCUCUCUGUCUCGCCAGAUGAUUUUAAAGUGCUGGUGCUCGCAUGGCGUCUAAAUGCUGAGCAGAUGUGCCGAUUUACCAGAUCUGAAUUUGUGAAUGGAUGUCGUGCAAUGCGAGUGGACUCUGUACGUGCUAUUCAAGCAAAACUCCCAGAAUUGGUUGCUGAUGUUCUGAAGGACCCUGAAAUGUUCAAAGAUUUGUACCGCUUUACGUUCAGAUUUGGCCUAGAUGCAGAGUCAGGUCAGCGUAUAUUACCGUCCGACAUGGCCAUUUGUCUGUGGCGUUUGGUGUUCUCUGCCUGUGAGCCACCGAUUCUUUCGCGGUGGCUUUUCUUUUUAGAAAAUCAUCCCCAUGUGAGAGGAAUUCCUCGAGACACUUGGAAUAUGUUUCUUAAUUUCUCAGAAGCUGUGGGUGAUGACCUCAGUUCAUAUGACGACACUGAGGCUUGGCCAAGUCUCUUUGAUGAUUUUGUUGAAUUUGAAAAUGAUAAACUGAAUCAAAAUAUAUCGAAAGAUAAAGAAGAAAUAAUUAAACAAGACUGUGAAUAAGCAAGUAACUUGUUUUAUUACUGAAAACUUUGGAUUAUUUUUUUAUUAAUUUAUCACAUGUAAGACUGAUGUUUGCUUAGGAUGCCAUGCUAACUCUAAUUUAUGGUAUCCAGUCAGUAACUGUUUGAAAAAACAUAGCAGUUUUUAUAGCAGCACUGUUUAAUGCUUGUUGAUAUGCUGUUG